ACGGUUUGGAAUGGGCGCCGCUUUCGUCCUCUAUCUGUUUUAGACGCUUGACUAAUCAUUGCUUUCACAAUCCAUGGAAGAUCUGAUCUGAGACAGUGUACAGAACGACACAGCCUCUUAAGAAACUUCGAGAGGCUGUUAUCACCAAUCGCCUACGCGACACGUGUCUAGCACUCACAUCUUAUGGGCGUACCCGCUCUUCUGUUUCUCCACUCGCUACACCUUCACUACACUGUACCAUCUCCCUCUCCCUCCCCGACUAAUACAAAAACUUGAUGAUGAUGAGAGGGAGCUUGUUGUUUAAUGGCAACCGUCGAACGGUCCAGCGAUUCAGACAAUUUGCGAUGCAGCCGAAGAUAAAGCUUAUACUCUGCUGCUGCAUCGCUUUGUCGGUGAUUCUACUACUUUGCCGCGGUUCUUCUUUCGUUGAAUGGACAGAUAGCAGCACCGAGCUGGUGGAUCGGUUCGCUCUGCCACGGAAAGGAUAUGCUAUUUUAAUGAACACAUGGAAGAGAUACGAUCUGCUGAAGGAAUCGAUUUCUCACUAUGCUUCAUGUCCAGGACUUGAUUCGAUACACAUAGUGUGGAGUGAGCCUGAUCCUCCUUCGAAAUCACUUAAAAAAAAUUUAUACAAUGUUGUGGAGAAGAAUUCGAGACAGGGGCGACGGGUUGAACUGAGAUUUGAUAUUAAUGAGGAGGAUAGUUUGAACAACAGAUUUAAAGAGAUUAAGGAUUUGGAGGCUGAUGCUGUAUUUUCGAUUGAUGAUGAUGUUAUAUUUCCUUGCUCUUCGGUGAAGUUCGCUUUCGACGUUUGGCAAAGUGCACCGGAUACGAUGGUUGGAUUUGUACCUCGUAAUCAUUGGAAAGACGAUACGGGUAAUUACAUAUAUGGUGGGUGGUGGUCUGUUUGGUGGACAGGUACGUAUAGUAUGGUACUCUCAAAGGCUGCCUUUUUCCACAAAAAAUAUUUGCGGGUAUACACAAAGGAGAUGCCAGCAUCAAUUAGAGAAUAUGUAACCAAGAACAGGAACUGUGAAGAUAUUGCAAUGUCCUUUCUUGUAGCAAAUGUGACUGGUUCUCCCCCUAUAUGGGUUAAAGGCAAAAUAUACGAGAUUGGUUCAACUGGCAUUAGUAGCAUGGGAGGUCAUACUGAGAAAAGAACCCAAUGUGUUAAUAGAUUUGCCGCCGAGUUUGGCCGAAUGCCACUGGUAUCUACUUCUGUGAAGGCUGUUGACAGUCGCAAUCUCUGGUUUUGGUGAUGCUGUAGUUUCCACUUCAUUUAAAAUGCUAAAAUUCCACUUAUCAGUUAAGAGUUAUUUCAAUUCAUUGUUUUUAGUUAAGAGUUGUGGUGUUAACUGGGUUCAAUCACAUGGGACAAUUUUUGUAUUAUUAUUACCAUGUAACAAAGAGGCAAUUAGUACCCUUGUAUUUUACUGCUCUUGUGAACUUGUACUUUAGCAUGAAAAACAAAUUGAAAUAUAAGAAUUAUGUAAAUACUAGAGUUUUAUUUCUUUUAAGA